GUGAUCACGUAUAAACUUGAUGUUGAGUUGGCAGUUUGGCUUUAGUGGCAAUUUUGCUGUGCUAUUUUUUUUUUUUUUUUUUAAGAAUCGACUUCACCUGCGCGGUAUAAAUUUCAAAUUUAAGCAUAUGAACACAACGUUAAAAGCGACUACGUUUUAGACGAUAUUAUUGUAUGUUUAUGCGGUUACAGUGCGGUGCAGCAGUAUUUCACAUUAACCCCAGUCCUCCCUAAUCAACAAGGUAAUAAAUCCUGGGCUCCACUCAGUUCAACUUUAAGAUUUUUUAAACCUGUGUUUAUUUAUUGCUUUUCAUCAGACGGGCUGGAAGAACGGAUGAGGCCGUUAUCAUGACACUGAGGAGAGUAAACGUGAUCAUCCUUGUGUUGCUGGCUGUGGCCUUCCUAAUCAUAAUUCAGCGAAAUCUCCUCAACUUCAGUGACUUUUUACAGAAGGAAAAUCCAGAUGCAGGUGUGAUUCUUCCAUUUGAGUCUGAGUUGUCUCCCAACCUCAGACUAGAGUCAGUGGGUAAAGGAGAGGAGAUCCCUAUUGUCAUCACUGCUGCUGAGGAGAGACUUGGUGCUGUGGUUGCUGCUAUGAACAGUAUCUACCAGAACAGUAAAGCCAAUGUAGUCUUCACCAUUGUGACCCUGAAUGACACAGUGGGUCACCUAAAAGUGUGGCUGAGUAAGACAAAGUUAAAACAUGUCAAAUACAAGAUAGUUAUUUUCCAGACCAAGCUUCUUAAUGGGAAGCAAUCUAAAGAUCCUCAGGCCAUGGAGGCUGCAAAACCGUUGACUUUUGCCAGGUUUUAUCUGCCUGCAUACAUGCCAGAGGCAGAGAAGGUCAUCUAUUUGGAUGAUGAUAUCAUUGUACAAGGGGACAUUCAGGAGCUUUAUGAAACCAACCUCAAACCAGGACAUGCAGCUGCCUUUUCAGAUGACUGUGACUCAGCAUCUGCGAAGGGCAUCAUCCGAGGGGCUGGGAAACAGAUUAACUAUAUAGGUUUUCUGGACUUUAAAAAGGAGGCUAUCAAGAAGAUGGGGAUGAGAGCCAGCACAUGCUCCUUCAACCCCGGAGUCAUCAUCGCCAAUCUGACUGAAUGGAAGAACCAAAACAUCACCCAGCAGCUGGAGCACUGGAUGGAGCGCAACACACAGGAGGAUCUGUACAGUAAAACGCUGGCAGAGAGCAUCGUUACCCCCCCACUCCUCAUUGUUUUCUACAAACGUCACUCCACCAUUGACCCCAUGUGGCACAUCAGGCACCUUGGUACUACAGGUGCUGGAAACCGCUACUCCCCACAGUUUGUAAAAGUUGCCAAACUCCUCCACUGGAAUGGACACUAUAAGCCUUGGGGGAGAACCUCCUCUUUUUCGGACGUGUGGGACAAGUGGUUCAUUCCAGACCCUACAGGAAAAUUUCAUCCUGUGCGCAAACAUGCAGGGGACAGACAACUAGACUGAAAAACUUUUGGAUGAACUAAGUCAGCCCUGUCACAGCAGGACCAUGCCACAUAUCUCAGGAACUAUGUAAGGCUUUUUCACUUUUUAGCCCUGUAUUUGAGGUCUGCCACACAACCCUCCUAACAUGUAAACCUGUGCAGUCUCAGUCUCAUGAAUACUCAGAACUGACCUGUUUCCAUACCCAGUGCAUCAUGUUGCCCUUGACAUUUUUGACUGAGACCAUUCCGAAAUUGUAGACUGUUUUGCUAAAGAUGCGGUCUGUAUUUUCCUACAAUAUGUAUACUCAGAGGUGUUGAAUUUAAAGGGAGUGUCCCUAAACUGAUGCAUCAGUCCUAGCCAGCAUUGAGACACCUUGUGACAGCCAGGUCACUAUAAUGCAUGUACAUAACCAACUAAGCUGCAUUAUCAAGGGCAUCAGUGAGUGCAUCAUUUGGUACCUUUUACAUGCAGAUAGGUCAUGACUCAUUUUGCAGACUAAAUUAUUUUAUACAAUUAAUCUCAGCUGUAAUGGUAUAGUAUAGCAGUCAAACAGCUUGCAGUUUAACAGCUUCAAUCAUGUUCCGCUCCGAGUUAUCACUUCAGUCGGUCAUAUUAGCCAUGCAGAUGCCUCACAUCGUUACCUCAAUUCAAUACUUCCUGUGGAAAAUAGUGAAUUUUAUUUUACUUAUCUGUAAAUAUGAUUACUAAUCAGUCUAGUUUUUCAAACACUAACAUUGUUGGUCCAUUUUAAACCAUUAUUCUAAAUUACACUUUUUCCAGUUUAUCAUAGUCAGGUCAGUGGCCCAGAAUCAUCAGGCCUUCAUUCAUUGUCAAGACUUUUC